AGUUUCUACAGCUAUAUGAAUUAUAUUUAGACUAUUUCAUGAUAAUUACUUCAAUCAACAUGCUAAAAAAAAAACAAGCAACCAACAGUUGAAGUUUUGGGAUUUUCUUAACCUUUUGAACCCUUGAUAGACAAGCACUGUUCCGAACGGAAUAGUUGCUUGUUCUUUCUUGCCAAAAUAUACGCAUUGAAAUUGCCAUAUGGACACGUGACUACCUCGGAUAGUUCAUUCUGAAUACCAUCAGUUUGGACGUGUCCUAAUGAGUCAGAGUUGAAAUUGUUCCAAAGCUAGUGAACCGAAACGUAAAAUUUGCCAUUGAAGAUUUUAACCUUAUAAGGUAUCACUUUCUUUUUAAGGAAAGAAAAAACUAUGGCAGCCAAUUUGUCAAUUGUAAAUCUCUUUUAUACGUUUUUUAUCCUGAAAAUUUUAUCGAUUUGGGUGUGUUCUGGGCAAGAAAUAUAUUGCCAAGACAUUUGGGGAUCUAUUGGCUUUGGAGUGGUAGGAAGCUACAAAUGUUUCUUUAUUCAUCCACUAAAUUCUCCUCGAAGACUUCGAGGCGUGACGUGGGAAGUUGCAAAACAAUUUUGCGAAACUAGAGGAACAAAACUCGCUGAAAUAAAUAACUUUUUAGAGCAAUUUGCUAUUUCAACAAAACUUCGAGAAGAAUUUAUCAAAAAGAAAGUACCCAACAGCCCACAAUAUUUCCGUAUUGCUGGUAGAGAGAGUGACGCCGGAGAUUUUCAUUUCCUAGAUGGACGUCUCUUGAAACAACAGGGAUGCUUUAUAACCAAACUACCUAUACAUGUUGCCGAUUCUGAAGAAAUUACCCCAGAAAGCUGUAUCGAGGCCUGUAAAGUGAAAAACAAGAAAUACUCCGGCAUUAAUCAAUUAGGAAAUAUAGUCUCUUGCUUUUGUGGAGACGUUUUCUCGAGGGGCAGAGCGGUAAGAUGUACUACUCGAUGCUUCAAUUUGCGACAUUCACCUUAUAAUCACGAAUUCUUUUGCGGAUCUAAUCAAGAUGCACAUGCAUUAGCUAUAUACGCCACAUUCGGGGCCUAUUCGAAAUUUGAUUACGGACAGCCUAGCUGGAAACAGAAUACAUCUACUGAUUACCACAGCUGCAUAGUAAUGAAAAGAUUUUCUGGUAGAUUCGAUGAUCAGAGAUGCUUCGAAAGAGGUCGAUCCGCUUUAUGCGAAAUUCGGGAAACGGUUGAAUCUUUCUGUAAUUCCAUGAAUUAUAUGUGGCUAAAAGAGGUACAGAGAUGUAUUAAAUUUAAAGUUCAAUCGUUUAAUAGCUGGUUUGAUGCUCGAGAAUCUUGCAUUCGAGACAAGGGAGAUUUAUCAAUUGUUGACGAUCGUGAAUAUUAUCAAAUUGCCUCUAAUAUAUUAAUAAAGAAUUAUAGAAUAAAUAACUUUUGGAUUGGAGCAAUGAACAGAAGAUAUACAUGGGAUAGUACUAAAACUCCUAUAACUUAUUCAAGAUUUUUUCAUGCUGAAUCAUUCAGUUCCAAAGAAAAUUGUUUUGCUUUCGAUCUUGCUGCCCAAAGUGAACAAGGGGAUAUAUCUUGGGUUGAUUUAAGUUGUAAAGAUGCUAGAGAUCACGGUUUAAUUUGUAUGCUUGAAUUAAACGAUCCUAUAAAAGGAGACAACGAUACAACAACUGUACAAACUAACAUCGAAACGAGCAAAUUAACAACGAAAACCUCACAAAUUCUUACAACAGAAAAGUCCGUACCCACUACCUCAACGAAAAUUUCAACUAAAAAUCCCACUUCAUCAAAAGGGUAUGAAACGUCUAAUUCGGACGAAUCGUUAACAGAACAUCCAAUAACGACUGUGAAAGUGCCGACUACUGAAAUUACCCAAAAUUUUACGAUACCGUAAAAAGCAAUCUUUAAGAUUUUAGAUAGAUUUGAAGUUAGAUUUUAGAUAGAAAUUUUUGUUAUUAUAACAAGACGAAGACAUUAGUAGUUUUUUAAUACUGUCUUUAGCAAUUCUAACAAUUCUAUUUAAAAUAGUACUUAUUAGAUGAAACGUUUUGAUUUGAAGAACAUUAUUUUGAGACAAAUAUAUAGAUUCUUUUAAAAGGCUUUUCUUUGAUAAAAACAUAGUUGAAAAGGCAAAAACAUCUACAAGGAUAAAAAGAAUAUGUAAAAGUAUAGAAAUGUGCAUUUAUAUUUAGAAAAUGCCUCAUUUCUUAAGAAACACAGACAAAGAACUGCAGUAGAUACAGGUGUAGAAUUUGUUUUUAUCCUACAUUGGAUAAAGGGGUAAUAGUGUAAAUAUAGUAAAAGAUCGUUAAUCACAAUAAAAGGAAGUUAUUAUGAUAAGACAUUAAUUUUGCUAGACUGAGUAACUAUUGAUUUUUUCAUCACUGAUUGUAACUAAUAAUAC